AUGUUCCCAUUCUAUCGAUCUUGCCAAAAAUUAAUCCACCCCAGGGCAUCGCAGGUGGUUAAAAUACAACUACCAUACUGCUUCUAUCGCUUUAUGAUUCCUCGCGCGCCUAGGAUCAAAACUCGCAACAUCGCAUUCAUUGGUUCUCAAUUGUCGAUCAACACGGCAGUCAUAGCAUAG